AUGUUGAGGUCACUGGUCUUUCUCCUGUUGGAGGUGGCCGUGGGGUCAAAGAUCCCCACCAUCCUUUGGGGACAAAAACCCGAUAGGCUGUACUUGUCCUUCCCGCUGAAGGAUGUGAGAGAACCUGAGGUGGAACUGGAGGAGAGAAGGCUUUACUUCAAGGGCAUUAGUCAGGGACAUCAGUACGAGGUGGAUUUGAAGCUCUUGCGCGGCAUCAAUGUAUCCACCAGCAAGUACGACAUGGGUGAAAAGGCGGUCUCGUUCGACCUCCCCAAGUUGGCCAAUGAGCCCUGUUGGAAACGCCUCACGCGCAGCAAGAAGAUGCAAGCCUUCAUUAAGAAGGACAACCAGCGGUUGUACCCGGAGGAAUGCUAUCGACAGAUGCUGCAGUGGAGAGAAGUCAGGGCCACAGAUGGAGCCACAGAUGGAGCCCUGGGAAAUCCUGGGAAAUCCUGGGAAUAUGGAUGA